CUUCCCAUUUCCUCUAUAAUCAACAUACAAUCAAUCCAUCGCAUUACCGUUUCCUCCCAAUACUCACAAAAAAAAAUUACUAUGGCGCCGAGAGACAAGGUUAAGACGGCGGCGGCGGCGGUGUCGGCGCCUCCCGGGUCUAAGGACAUGGAGGUGCAUUUUAGAGGGGUGAGGAAGAGGCCAUGGGGGAGAUACGCGGCGGAGAUUAGAGAUCCGGCUAAGAAAAGCCGUGUCUGGUUAGGCACGUUUGACACGGCGGAGGAAGCCGCGAGGGCUUACGACGCCGCCGCCCGCAAAUUCCGUGGCGCCAAGGCUAAAACUAAUUUUCCCUUUCCGCCUACCGUCAACGAUCUUAAUCUGAGUCCUAGUCGGAGUAGUACCGUCGAAUCUUCCAGCCGGGACCCCACUGAUUUUGACCUUAAUCAGGCUGCCGCUGGAUCUAGGCUGCCGUUUCCUUUCCAACAGCAUCAAUUCGGAGGAGGGAUUUUCCCUCAACAAGCCAAUCAAUUUCGGUUCUUGGAUCAUCCCAUUUUCCGAAACGGAACGGAAUCCGGUGUGAUUUACGAUCGUCACCGUGUAAAGGCGGUGGUCCAGUGCGGCGGAGUUCAAAGUGACUCAGAUUCAUCCUCUGUUAUUAAUCUGAACCAAAACGAUGACCACAAAUCAAGACCCGCUCUAGAUCUCGAUCUCAAUUUCCCUCCACCGGACUCCGCUUAGGUUUUGAUUAUCCAUGUCCAUGAAUUUUUUUUAAUUCUCUCCAUGUAAAUUAAUACACGUGUACUAGAAAUUUAAAAAAAAAAAAAAAGACAAAAACAAAGGAGACUAUGGGAGUUGUUGGUUGGGUUCGGUUUCUGUUAUGGAUAUAUAUGAAGGUGAGGGUAGGCUGCAGCCCAGAUCGUCGUGGCGGAGCGAACGAUUAUUCGAGGCGGGAGAAGAGAUUAAUAUUUAGAUGCACUCAAUCUGUUUACAUCCAAAUGGGGAGAAAAUUUAUAAAUAUUUUCUAUACAAUUUUGUCGAAUUAGAAAAAGAAAAAUAUGAAUAUAGUUUAAAAUGUUUAGUAAUUUUUUUAAGAUUUCAUAUGUACUCUUUUUUGACAUGUGUUGGAUUUCUACAUGUCGUUUUCUGUCUCAUUUAACUUGUUCUUCAGCAUAGUGUUGUGUGUCUUUUCUUUAUUUUCAAAGGAAAUGACAAUUUGUGGUAAUUUCUUUUCCUUUCA